ACUUGGACUCUUUUAAAGAGCCACAUAUGAGCAGAUACAGGAGGACCGCUCCAAGGCUUCACAGGCACUGUGAGAGCUGUUACAGCCGGCACUGCAGAGCUCCUCCAGAGGUCUCUGUGUCAUGCAUGCUCAUCAACUGCCGUUUGCUCUGCGGUGCUUCCUUUCACAUGUGCAAAGAGAGUGAGCACACACUGCUGUGUCCUAAUGAGAAGGUGCCCUGCCUCAACUCCUGCUAUGGCUGCCCUUUCACCAUGUCUCGCUCCAGGCUGGCCAAACACCUGGAGGUGUGUCCUGCUAGUGUGGUGUGCUGCUCGGUGGAAUGGAACCGCUGGCCCACUGAGGACAUAAAAUCCCCUCUAAAUAUUAACCUCAUGAAAGAGACACAUGGGCAGCAAUCUCUGGACCUCUCCAUGGCUCUCAGAGAUCAGAAGCAUCUAUGUGGAAGGCUGAAAAUGAGGAGCUUAUUUCCUGAGUUAAUGGAGGAGCCAGAGGUACCUAUUCCAUCAGAGACAGACGAGGCAGUUGGUUGGGAAGUUAAUGUUAAUGGUGAGUCUGCAGAUAGUAUGGGAGAUGAAACCUUCAUAAAUAGCCCCCUUAUAGCUGCAAAAGAAGAACAUGUUGAAAAGGGUUCCCAGAACCUCAUUGUAAAUAAAGAGAAAUAUGACCUGUUUGAGAAGAUGUUUAGCAUGGAGAGAGGGGGUUGUCUGCAGGUGCAGAAAGCCAGUUCAAAAACAGGAGAAAAGAAAGACAAAAACACACAAUCUAAGGGUUCUAAAAACCCAGCUGUCUCUGAGCAAGAAGAAAGUUCUAUGGAGCCAGUGAAAGUUGGACAGAGAGGAGACACCAUCCAACCAGACAUUUCUAAAACUGGCCUUGCUCCCUGGCAGGAAGGGGUCUUAGAGAGACUUGGUCAAGAAGUAAAUCCAAGGGAAUACAACAUGUAUAUAGUUCACCAUGGACGCAUGCUUCUCACUUUUGGCCAGAUAGAAGCAUGCACACCCAGAGAGAAAGAUUUCGUUUACGGAAGCCUAGAGCCUAUACCAGUUCAAACCCUGCGUUCAUUUAAUGUUCCCACUAGUUACAAGCACAAGCGGAUCCAGCUGAAAGAUCCCUCUAACCAGGCACUCACCAAGCAUAAGAGUGUGGACACGUCUGAUUUGGGUGUGCCUGAGGAAGACAUGCAGAAGAUGGAUGAGAUGUUUGCAACCUUACUGUGCUCUGCCGAAUUGGAGAUAAGAGGACACAAGAUUAGCGAGAAGGUGGCAACAGACGGACUUUACAUUGACAUUGCAACUCAGACUUAUAACUUUAGCAUGGCUCCCUUCAAGUAUAACUCCACGCUGGCUGAUAUUACAACAGAAAGGGAUUUGAUGCUUUAUCUCCAGAUGGAUACAGAGAUUGUAACCCUGAGACACAACAAAAACACUUCUGCAUUUACGUUCCUGUGUGGACAUUUCUUCAGACGGGAUGAGUUUGCCUCUCAUUUCAAGAAUGUUCAUUCAGAUAUCCAGUCCUGUUUGAAUGGGUGGUUUGAAGAGAGGUGUCCACUGUCUUAUCUGGGCUGUACCUUCAGCCAGAGACGCCUGCAACCCUCCACACACAGAGCCACAGUCUCCUACAACCAAGACCUCAGUAUUUUCACCCUCAGUCCUGAAAUUACCACAUCUCUCUUGAAUGAUUCUCAAAUGGUCCCCACACAGAACAGCACAGUUAGAUGUGAGGAUUGCCUUAGUAAUCUUCCUUUUGAGGUUCUACGCCAUAUUGCCAGGUACCUAGAUAGCUUCUCUCUCUCCCAGCUAUCUCUGGUCUCUCGACUGUUCCGAGAAGUUAGUGCCACUCUCCUUCAGGAGAGGGGAAUGGUUGGUUUAAAGUGGAGGAAGAAAUUCUACUCCCAUGGUAGAGCCCGAUGGAAGUCUUCUAUAGUUUGGGAAUUCAGCAGUUUGUUCAGCAGAGUGAACAGCUGGUGUUUUGGUGACACUCCUCCCAUGGCUGAGCAUCUAAAGCACUGUCCCUACUACCAAAUGGAGCCCAAAACAAAACCCUUUGCCCUGACCAGCAUGCAGGAAAGCAAAAGUUCUCAGAAGCAGCAAAGCCUGAUGACACUGUUCAAGGGACGGAGAUAAUAUUGUGGUUAAUACUAAAUCAUUUUUUCCCCCAGAGUGUGUUUAUAACAGCAUAUUAAAUGAAAAUGUAUAGAAAUGCCCGCAAUCCUUUUCAGCAGGAUAAAUUUUGCCAUCAAUCUUCUGUAUGAAACCUAAAUGCACUAUGAGAUCUAUGCUUCCCUAAAAUGGUAAUUAAAGGAUGUCUUAAAACAAAUUCUAAAGAUAAAUAAAGAUAAAAAGUAAUAUUUCAAGAGGGCUGUGCUGUAUUGUAAUUAUGUUUAGUAGCAGUGCAAUGUAAGGCAUAAAUUCCAUUGCUUUUUAGUAGGUUCAGUUGAGUUCUAUUUCCAGUGAAAUGAAAUGGUAUGUGUAUUAGUCUUAUUAUUCUCAAUAUACUAAAAAUGAAAUAUAUUUACCAGUACAUGCAUUGUCUAAACAGAAUGUGUGUGAAAUAAUGAUGACAGUUAAAUAUAUUAUUGUCAUUCAAUGCAUUUGUUACACUGUGUUUCACAUUCUGCUCUGCAA